AUGAACGAAGAUAAAAUCAAUUGCUGUAUUAUUGGAAUGGCCGAAUCACCAGACUCUACAACUUCUAAAUGUAAUAUAUCCAUACCAAAGGACAUUGUUUCUGAACAUAUGGGUUACACCUUCAGUGAUGACCCAACUAGAUAUGUGAAAAUCUUUUUCGUUGCUUUGAUAUCAGUAAUGAUAAUAAUGACAAAUUGUUUGAAUAUUUGUAUUGUGUCGAAGACCAAACAGCUUCCAAGGAUAACGCGCAUAUGUUUUCUUAAUAUGAGUUGUAGCGACUUGUUAGUUGGCUUGGUGUCCUGUUUUCCCUGUAUUGUGGUUGUAGCUGUUGGAGAAUGGCCUUAUGGACCAGUAUGGUGUCAGAUCGCCGGAAUUAUGCAUGGAUCCUCUGUUACUAUAUCUAUUUGGAGUUUGUCAUUGGUCAGUAUUGACCGAUACCUGGCAAUCAAAAAGCCAUUGAGAUAUCGGUCUUUGUUGACCGUCAAACGGACAUAUAUUAUUGUGUUUUGUUUAUGGGUUGUGGCUUUGGCAACGUUCUUCCUGCCUUUACCAACAAAAGAUUCAUUUCUGUACUACCAAUUCAGCCAAGAGGAAAUGAUAUGUGGAUUGUACUGGGAAUAUAAGUGGUUUUGUGUCGUGACAGCGGUGUAUAUUCCUGUCCUUUCCGGGACCAUUUUGAUAUUCACAAACGUAAGCGUAAUGCGUAAGGUAAUAUCUGUCGCUCGACGCAAUAGCCAUCAGAGCAAGAAUUAUUCUGCAGCUCGCACAAACGAUAUCAAAGCUGUGAAGUUGCUUAUAGUGACUUCUACCAUUUACUUCAUUGUGUGGGGGCCUUAUGUCUUAGAAGUGGUCAGUAUAAGUUUGUUUGACAUCACUACCAUCCCACCAUCAGUUAAGUUUACAACUAUGUGGCUCGCCAACAGUAACAGUUUCACUAACGUCUUUGUUUAUUCCUUUAUGUACAAAUCUUUCCGAGAACGCGUCAAACUGCUUGCUUAUCCAUUGUUACCAUGUAGCAUAAAUCGACAACAGCCUGAUUCCCCGGAUAGAACCGAGCAAAUACAACUCUCGCAAUACGAUUGA